ACAAGCGUCUUCACUCAAUCAAGAAUGGCACCUUGCUCCAACAGCACCAACUACAUCAGCCUCAAGCUCUCGGAUAAAGAAAAGCAUAAACUGAGAAAGCCGGUGGUGGAGAAGAUGCGCAGGGAUCGCAUCAACAGCUGCAUCGAGCAGCUCAAGAAACUGCUGGAGAAAGAGUUCCACAGGCAGGACCCCAACGCCAAGCUGGAGAAAGCCGACGUCCUGGAGAUGACGGUCAGCUUCCUGAAGCAGCAGCUGCAGCCCCAGCCAGCGCUCAGCCAGGGGGACUACAGGGAGGGCUACUCCCAGUGCUGGAGGGAGACUCUGCACUUCCUGUCUGUCAACUCCAAGGGAGACGUGCCCCUCCAGCAGCUCCACCGCUUCCACGGCGUGCGGAGAGCCAGCAAGGACCUCUGCACAACGUCUCCAGCCCUCUCCCAGCAAAGCCCUGCCCCGCUGCAGCAGAACACUGCCGCCAAACAGCUGCUGUGGAGGCCCUGGUAG